AAACGCGUCGAAGUUGACAAUGACAAGUUAAGUCGUCUGCUUGCGAUGCUUUAGUUAACCUUUACGAUUCCUAGGUGUAAACGUUUAGAUUAGGUUUUAAAUCAUCGCGAGGUAAGAAAUAAUCACGCGAUGGGCGAUAAAUCGGAAAAUUCGAAAACGAACGAACAGAUCAUAGAGGAACUCACAAAAGAUCUAGAAAGUUCUUGUAUCAAAGCAAAUGAUAACCCCGCGUCGGACGACAAUAUCAAAGAUUCGACUGAAAAAAAUGGCAAUUCCUCGGGCACUUGUUACGAACGCGUGGGAAUAAUCAAUGACAAUGCCGACGAAUGUGAAACAGGAGCCACAGGCGACACAAAUUUCCCGCAAGACUAUGUAGACGAAGAAUCGUUGAAAGACAGAGAACUUACUCUCUCUGAAGAUGAAAAAGAAAUCCUUAAAGCAGAAGCAGAGAAAUGUAAAGAUAAAGGAAAUGAUCUUUUUAAGAGCGAAGAAUAUCAAGAGGCAAUAUCUAUGUACACGCAAGGAUUGCGAACUUGUCCGUUAGCUUAUAGCAAAGAGAGAUCCAUUCUGUAUGCUAACAGGGCUGCUGCAAAGUUAAUAUGUCUGGAUAGAGAAUCCGCGAUAUCCGACUGUACAAAGGCCAUAGAAUUAAAUCCAAAUUAUGUGAAAGCAUACGCUAGAAGAGCCAAACUAUACGAAGAAACGGAUAAGCUAGACGAGGCUCUGGCAGACUUCAAAAAAAUUCUAACGCUUGAUUCCGGUCACGUAGAGGCAAAUCAUGCCACUCGGAGAUUACCUCCAUUGAUCAACGAAAGAAAUGAAAAACUGAAAGAGGAAAUGCUAGGGAAACUGAAGGAUUUGGGAAAUAUGGUACUAAAACCUUUUGGUCUUUCUACGAAUAAUUUCGAACUACAAAAGGAUCCGAAUAGCGGUGGUUAUUCCGUCAAGUUCCAUCAAAAUCCUAGUUAAUACAUCAACCGCCGCAUAAAAAUGGAUUUUGGAAGCGUGUCACAGAAUAUUUAUACGUACCUUAUGUAAAUUCUGCUCGGAUGCUGUGUGCUUGUUGUAAUAAAUAUAUAAACGUUA